AUGCCUUCCACUAUCCAAAAGAAGAGCACCACGAAGACGCGGAACUCAAUACUGUAUUGCCCUGUUUUUAUGCCGCACAACACUUACUUGUCCCUGUUCCCCAACCCGCCUCGAGUCCUCGGGGCAGCCGGCAGGAGGCGAUUUGCCCAAUGCUCUGAGAAGGCAUCCUUUUUGCUCCUCCUCAUCCUCCUCUUUGCCCAUUUUGGCCUUGCUCUCCCCGACUUUAGCAGCAUCAAACCACUCUUGCGUCAAAGGCGCCUCCGACCUGUCCCCUCAGUCGAGCCUUACACGGACUCAAAGACGUUGACUUCUCGACAGACAAGCAUGCACAACCAUCCCUCUCGCGUCCCCAGGUCACAAUCAUUCUACUCCCAUCGCACCACUGCCAUCCUCAAUGUCUUCGUCAACUCGAAAGCAUUCCACUCUCUUCCUGGCGGUGCCAAGAAGGCCUCGGAUGCUAUGGGCUCUUCUUCGUCCAUGCCAGUUCGUCGAUGUUCAAUCCUGUCAAAUCGUCUCGGCUUACAGGCCGCCGUCUAUAGUGUCUAA